CAUAAAUGUCCAAUGUCGCGUAGAACAUAAAUUAAAUGAUUGCCCAGUAAACAUAAAUAUGCUAGAUUACUGGCAAGAGUUUCGAAAGUACUUAUUACUUUGUUAAAUGAAUUUUAAAUUUCAUCUUAAUAAAGUUACUUGAGCGAAGGUAAAGAAUUGGAGAAUAUUUGUAAUUGCUAUAUUAUUUCAGCACACUCUUGUUGUUCAGCAGAGUCAUGCGUGUAUUGUAUCUGUAGAAAUACUAUAUAUCUAACGGCGGCGCUUGAUUACUUAUGAUCGAUUGUAAUUGAUCGGUUACAGCGAACGCAUAAAAAUAAUAUUAUUUAAUGUUGCCUAGAAAAUAAACCAAAUUGUGGGGUUUUUUUUUAGAAAUUCAUUGCCAAUCAUGCCACAUACCUAACUACAUAUGGUUAUGAGUUCUUUGUACACUUGUCUGUUAAGAGAUAACGUAUAAGUUCCCAGCGAGUAAAAAGUCCAUCUGAUUUAUAUUACACACAACUUUAUAUACUAACUUACGCUGAGUUUUUUAUAUUUUAAACCGAGCCGCUUGCUGAUUCCCGCUCAUAAAAUACCAGAGUACUGUUUAAACUGUGAAACAUGUGAGUAUUUAUUUUGUGAAUAAGAGCAAUUAAUGGAAAAAGGUUAUAUAUUAUAUUUGCAAGCAAAUAAAGUCAGUGCAAACAUAAAACAUUCUGAAGAAUAAUAUGAAGGAGCACGGAACCCAGACGACACAUUUAACUGACUUGAAAAAUAAGGUUAUUCAAGUGAAGUUAAGAAGGGAUGUUUAAUUCAAUAUUCCAUAGAGAGUAAAAGUCUCUCUCGUAAAUGAGAGAGCAACAAAAGUCACAUAUAACUCGUAAGAAAGCAUAGUAUAAGUAAGAUUUGCGCUUGGGAGUCGUACAAGACUAUCUUAUCGCCACUCUCUUGUUUAAAUGCUGGACUUAAGUUUCUAAAGAGAAAAGUCACCGCUUUCUACAUGUUUACAAAUGUCAGCUGUGAGCGCAAAGUACCGCAUGAACCACGCUCAUCCCAUUUGGUGGCCGACGCAAUAUGUUUGCUGGGUUGUCGUGAAUUCUUUGUAAAUAUUUUGACUUGUCCAUUACUCAACGGCCUUAUCUACAGUACGAUAUAAAUUUCUGUAUGCCCACAGCCUAUUUAUGUUUAUAAAUAACUUAACCGAUUUUUCAUAGUCAGUCGUAAGUCAGUUGAGUGUAAACACUUCAGCUCCGCAAUCGACGUACUCAUUUCGCAUUUCGCACUUUGCAUUGGUUUGCAAAUUCCCAGAAUUUCCCAUUCUGUCGUUACGCUUGCACACACUCGUAUAUACGGGGCUCUCUUAGUUAUUGUUAUUACUAAAUACAUUUUCACUCGUAAAACGCUUUGCUAUUGAUCAGUUGUUCGAUAGCCGGUGAAGUAAAAGAAUGUCUGUGUUUGCAAUUUUAGUGGGCGCGCUGUUGGCGUUGCUCUCUUUUAUUUACUAUUUGCUGCAGCGGCGCAUGAAUUAUUGGCGCUACCGCGGCAUACCGCACGAUCCGCCACACUUUUUCGCCGGCAACCUGAAGGGUCUGUUGAAAACGCGAGGUUUCGCGGAAAUUCUAAGCGAAAUAUACACGCAUCACCGCGGUUCGGGUCCCUUCUGUGGCUACUAUUUAUUUCAACGCCCCGCUGUUUUGGUGUUGGACCGAGCGCUCAUCAAGAGCAUACUCAUCAAGGACUUCAGUAAUUUUGCCGAUCGCGGCAUUUUCUAUAAUGAAAAAGAUGAUCCGCUCACCGGUCAUCUCUUUCGCUUGGAUGGCCAGCAGUGGCGUGGGUUGCGUAAUAAGCUGACGCCCACUUUCACUUCGGGGAAAAUGAAAUUCAUGUUCCCCACCAUAUUGAAGGUGGCCGAUCAGCUGAUGGUCGCUGUGGAGAAGCGCAUCGCCUGCGAUGAGCAUGUGUGGGAUUGGAAGGAGAUGAUGGCCUGUUUCACCACCGAUGUGAUCGGCAAUUGCGCGUUUGGUAUUGAAUGCAAUAGUCUCCAAGAUCCCAACGCCGAGUUUCGUGUUAUGGGGCGCAAGAUAAUCGGAUCACGUCGUCAUGGGCCGAUCGUGAAUGCCUUCAUUAAUAGUUUUCCGAAUGUGGCGCGACGUCUGCGUAUGGCUAUCAUGCCGCAGGAGAUUACCGACUUCUUUUUGCGCAUUGUGCGUGAGAACGUCGAAUAUCGUGAGCGUAAUGAUGUGCACAGCAAUGACUUUAUGAGCAUACUGAUGGACCUCAAUAAGGGUAAGCACUUGAAGAGUGCAGAUGAUCAAUUGCGUGCGUUGAGUGUGAGCCAGAUGACAGCACAGGCGUUUGUGUUUUUCGUCGCCGGCUUCGAGACCUCGGCCACAACUUUGGCAUUUGCGCUGUACGAAUUGGCACUGCAAACCGAUUUACAAGAACGUUUGCGCACAGAAAUCGAGGAGACCAUUCAGAAAUAUAAUAAUGAGUUCACGUACGAGUGCAUGGAGGACAUGCCGUAUAUGAAACAGGUGCUCUCCGAGACUCAGCGAAAAUAUCCGAUUGCGCCGAAUUUGAUGCGUCAAGCGGCUGCUGAUUACGUAGUGCCGGGUCAUCCCAAAUAUGUGAUCAAGAAGGGCAUGAUGGUCACCAUACCCACAAUCGGCAUACAUUACGACCCAGAGAUUUAUCCGGAACCCGAUAAAUUUAAUCCAGAACGUUUCAGCGUAGAAGCGGUGAAGUUGCGUGACUCCGUCGAUUGGCUGCCCUUCGGCGAUGGUCCGCGCAAUUGCAUCGGCAUGCGUUUUGGCCAAAUGCAGAUGCGCGUCGGCUUGUCGUACUUACUGCGUCGGUAUAAGUUCACGCCUUGCGAAAAGACGCAAAUUCCGAUGGUUUUCCAGAAAUCUUUCGCGCUAUUCCCGCAAGGUGGUAUACACCUGAAGAUUGAGCGCGUAUAAAUGCGCUGUCAUGCAUGGAUAUGCUGUUAUAUAUAAGCUCACAUAAGUACUUAUGUUAUUCCAUAAACAUAUAUACAUACUUACAUUUAGACUUACAUCCGUACAUGUAUGUUGUACGUGCGCUUUACUGUUGUAACGGUAAUUAAUUUCAAUUCCGUUAAUUAAAUUCUCAUUUCAGCUAGUCAAAACGCCAUCUGUUCUACAAGCUUUUAAUAAAUAGUUGUUUAAAAUAAUUCUUUUACUAUCACCUCUAUUUUGUCUAACUCCCAAGGUGAAAGAAAACUUAUCGCGGGUUUGUUGACUUGGCGCUCAGGGUAACCCGCCUAUUGUUUUUUGAACUACUACAUGCCAUACUAAUUGUAUGCUAAUUUAAUUUUUUGCAAAAUAGUGUUUUGUUUGUGUGUUAUAAACAAUGAAAUUGCGUUCUCUGCCUUUUAAGUUGUCGCUCAAACGGACCGAGUUCAUCCGACUUGUGUGUAAUUUGAAAGUCUAAUUGGCGUACGCUUAUACAGGGUGAGGAGGAGAUUUACGGAAACUGUUUUUUUUUGUUUUUGGUUCACUUAUGACUUUAAAUUUAAUAGAAUUGCAAAUGAGCAUUGGUACUGUCAUCCAAGUCAUUAACCGCAUAUAACUCUCUGAAUUCAAGUUAGUGAGACAUGUCAUAUGAAUGGCGUGUGUCUCGGUCAGUGCAAAAGUAUUCAGAAAUUCCCGAAACAUCAAGAGAUGGUUCUUAAGAUGUGGUCAAAGUGCUCGCGUUACCCGUAGGUUAAUAAGGUCAACGAGGUCCAAAAUGUUACAGAAGACAAUUUCGGAACAAGCGUUAAAAAAUCAUGGAAUGAAAUGGUUCUCUAGCUAAAUGAUGCUUUGACAAUCAUCUCCACCCUAGCCUUGUAUUCAUUAGUUCAAAAAUUAGACAACACGUUCCAACACACUUAGAACGCAUUUCAAUAUCUAUUCAUAUCUUCAUCCAAGAGCAAGUGCGGCUGCACCCAAACACCCGCUGUGCUAUGCAAACCAAUAUUUUAGUUUUGCGCCCGCAAAAUAAAAAUAGCCACACGAAAGCCAUACUUACGACCACUUCUAUAGAUGAAUUAUCGCCUGUUUAUGCAUAGCAUACUACAUAUACUUAUUUGGAAAACAAACAGAGUAGCACAGAUCUUUGUUUGAAUGCGAGACGCGUACAAGUGAGCCGCCACUGGCGCUCCCGUGCUGAUAAUAAAGCCGCUUUAUUAAACAAGUUUUGUGUCGGCAGUAAUUUCACCACAGCGCACUGAUUAGCCGUCAUUUCGCAGAAUAAUAACAACGUCGCGUUAAAUAGUUUAUUCAAUAUCAGAAAUGUAGUCGCAUUAUUUUCCGAAUCUAUAACUGGAAUUUUACAAAUCGGACAAAGAGCAUAUUUACAUAGAAUCGUUUAUAAACAACCAGCAAUCAGUUGUAAGCGCGAAGAUUAGUGGGCCGAACCGCCUUAGGAGGCGGUGAUUGUAAAAAUACAGAAGGACGUCAAUUAUUAGUGUGCUCUGGAAGAAGGCGGAGUGGAGACAUACCGAUUUUAGAUCAUAUCUUCGGUGAAACCGGCCUUGUCAAUGGAUUUUUGAUAGGUACAUUGGUCAAUAGACUUCUGAUCUAUAGCUGGAAGUUUUCGACAUCACGAGGAACUGAUAUUUCAAUUCUUCUAGUAGAGUCCCACUGAUCUCCAACGUGGGAUCAGCUUCGAUGUCUAUCUUAACCUAAUCUAUGUACAACUAACUGACAACAUUUUUACUUACUUGUUCUAUAAGAAUUACCAAAAAUAAAAACUAAUACAUAGAAAUUUCUUUAGGUUGGUGUUAGGAGUUUUUAUUCUUUUAUUUUUCAGGUUUACUAAUAUAUCACUCCUUAUCGGUCGGUAAUAAUUUAUUUAUUAUUUAUUUAUUACUAAUAAACUACGUCGUUUUGCCUGUUCGUCUACUCAAAUGGACCUCCCACUGCGCUACUAAUUGUAAUAGUAUUAGUAAAAAAAAUUAUUUAUAUGGAAUCAACAGAUGUUAGGCCAAGUUUCUCCUAUAAUUACGGACCCCUAUGAUACCUUUAAUGAACCGGCCGCUAAUACGAUCGCUGCACAUUGGCUUCCACUAUCUGUUUGUUAGUACUUAAUGGAAGAAAUAAAUGCGCUCUAUUCCUCUUGAUGCGCUCAGGUUGCGAACUCACAUACAGCUGGGUGCUAGUCACACACGAACCCACUCGUCUGCCGCGACUGUUGACCGCCAUUUACGUAUCUAAUAAAAAUGCUAGACAGCUGUCGGACAUCAGCCACGAGCGGACGCGUGUUUGUUUACGUCGGAGCGUGCCUUCUAGUCGACGCUAUAUAAGCGCGCUACGCCACUCGAGGCGCUAUUAGUGCUCGGUUUCAGUUUGUAAUGUAUACAACUACUUUAAGUUACACGCUCACUUGGAAGAUGGCCGUAUUUACAUUCUACGUUUUAAAUUUCACAUUUACGCUGACAUUUGUGCUUUUUUCAAGCGUCGUCGCUCUACUAUCGGCCAUCACA